CAUUGUCACGGUAAACUGGGUUGAUCCCUUUGGAGUGUAACCGAUGUCCAAUAAAGCAGCUCGGAGCCACACCCAUACGUCAAAUCGUGCAAAGGCACGGGCAACCAUAGAACGAAAGGAAGUUUUUAAAAGUGUCCUUGAAAAUCCAUUCCGAAUACAAUGGCCCUCGAUCCCGUCAAACGCGCAAAACUUGUUCCUCGCGACACUCGUAACAACUGUGGAAAGCGCGGUGAGGAGUGGAAGUCGAAAAUCUUCCAAGGCAUGCGCUAGGAAAGCUCUAACCCGAUCGGAAAUUGCAGAUUCGGUGGAGGGGACAAACCCGAGCCCAGACUCGAUGGUAUGUUCAAAAACCUCUGCAUGUUCCGUGGGUUCCACUCCUUUGCCAUCUCCGGCCGUUAGUAAACAUUCUCCGUCGUCGGGCCACAUGACCAUCGGUAUCAAUGAAGUGACAAGGAGACUUGAAUCGCAGUUGAAGUCUGUCCGACAAUCGGUUACACUCACUACCACGUCUCAUACCAAUCCGAUAUUCCCCGACACUUCUCCCAUUGCUGCUGUCUUCGUAUGCCGUGCCGAUGUCAAUCCUCCGAUCUUGUUGGAUCACAUCCCUCACCUUGUAGCAGGAUGCAACUCUACGCGCUCUGGAUCUAACCCUCUAGGAACUCGACAGCCCCUGAAAUUGAUCGUCCUACCAAAGGGCUCAGAGUCCGCACUUGCACAGGCGCUUGGUCUGAGACGAGCGGCCGUAAUAGCCAUUCAUGAAGAUGCCCCGUGUUUACCUAUUUUUCGCGAUAUGCUUCAAUCUGUACCUGUAAUCAGCGCACCCUGGCUUGUGCCUCCAGUCCAGCCCAAUUCUUCGAAAUGUUUGAUUCCUACUCAUAUCAAGCAACUCCGCACUACUGCACCCAAAGAUAUGAAAUCUGCAAAAGAACAAAGGGCAAAAGCAAGAGUUGCAGCUAAGAAGAAUGGUGCAAAACCCAGGCCCAAGAAAUAUCUCCUUACGACAGCAAGACCAGAAGCAUAAACUCGCGAUACAUAACGUCACGCUCUAUAUGUUGUUUGUUGGUUCUGUGCACCGUCCUCUCGCUGGAGCCUUGUAUUAAUUUUAGGUAGCAGUUCUGUUGCCUUCAUUGCCCAGAAAAUGCGCAGUCGCGUGGAUUUAGCGUAUAUGAGUUAUUGACACUUUGACAGGAGUCAAGCAGUACGUAGGUCUAUGCGGUACCCGUAUGGUGGAUCGAUCUAUCCAAUUACACGAAAAGGAUGUCCCAUUAACCCCCACACUAACAAUGAUUGCGGGACACGCCAACGAUAUGGAUGUCCACCUGAUUUGUCCCAUCUGCUUCUGGUACAGACCCGAGAAUAUUAAUGGCACGCUCGG